AUGCAGCCCCCACCACGCAUUGUAAUCACCGGUGCUUCAGGUAGCGUGGGUGUUUUGGCCAUGCCGCUUGCGAGGGUGAUCGGCGCAUACAUCGUCGGCACCUGCGGCACAUCGAAUGUUGACUUUGUCAGAGACCUCGGGGCCGACGAGAUCCCUGACUCCAAGCAGAACAACAGUAGAACAUUGGCUGAGAAGGAUCCAUCUCGCAAUCUGGAUUUCGUGCUAGACUGCCGAGGUGGCUCAUCACUCGAGCAAGCAUGGCAUGAAAUCGAGGAUGGCGGACAGGGUUUGACAAUUGUGCCGCCUGCAGACAUGCACUGGGUUGUGCUGCACCCGCCCGAGGACGCGAGCAAGACUAUCUCUGGAAAGUUCUUCGUCAUGCACCCCUCUGGCAAGGUCAAGGCGAGAGUGGACAGCGUUUGCCAGUUGGAUGAGCAUCGGCAAGCAUUCGAAAGAUGGGGUUCGGGUCGCACAAGGAGCAACAUUAUCCUGAUCAUUGACGAUGAGUAA